AUGACUAAAGCGCGCACCAAGAAGCCUUCUCAGGCAAAACCAACCGAGGACUUGAUUCCUCCAGUGCGGCCCUCCGAACAACGUUCUCUCGACCUUUCCAAUGCCGCAGGAUCUUUUGUACCUGCCCAACACACCUUGGACGAUAUCCCCAUGAUUCCGUUUCUCACUGCUGACAAUACCAAGAGGAGCAAACGUAGAGUUGUGAGUAUGCCGGUCUUUCCGCUGAUUGACCUGCAAAUGCUCAAUCGCAGCAAAUCGCAAAAUGAGGGUAGAUCCAAAAACGAAAACCAAUUAGGCAACCUGGACGUGCAAAAGACAGAACGCAAAUCUGAACGGCCCAAGAGUGAAUCUGCUAAACCUAGCAAUGAUGGCCAAAAGUAUAGACUUGAAACAUUGGACCAACGGUCGUUGGCCCCACUCCCGUUGCCAGGUAAAGAUGUCAAAUCCAAUGCUGGUUCGGGUUCCGGUACAUUGGCCGCGUCAGGGCUGCACACUACACUUGAUCCAGGAACGAAAUCUGACCUAUCUUUGAUGGAUAAGCUUCGGUUAUUGAGGCUGCACCUGGUGAAGGGAGGUAAAUCCAAAUCGAGAUCGUCGAAGUCGAAAUCGAAGUCUAAGUUGAAGACGAGGGGAAAAAGAGUGGUGUCGUCGCCUGCUGCUCUCACUCCUCCACCACCUCCACCUAAAGACAAAAAGGUGCAGCCAGCAUCGCGCAGAGUGGUGACCAGCCUAGCUAGAGAAACCAUUGCCGAGGUGGACGAGGAAAAUGACGGAAGUCCCAUUGUGGAGAAAGAUUUGAAGGCAGAGCAACACUCUAACUUCGCAAAGUACAUUGCUGAACAAGUUUCUAAUGGUGAACAAACUUCCAAUAUGGAACAGGUUUCCACUGGCGAACAAACAUCAUCUAUUGGUGAAGUCAUCACCAUGUCAGACCUUCUGGUUCGUCCACUUCAAAUUUAUCAACUUCCAGCCUUGGAUCCAAUUCUGGAAUCAACAAAGAAUACUCUGCCAACAGAUACAAUUUCCAACAGCUUUUUACAAUCGUAUUUGGAUAACCUGCUGGACAACAGUCGACGUCUGCUGACAGAAUCGGUGCUGAAUAUUUAUGAGACAUACUUAGGUUUCGUCUCUGAAGAAUCUCUUCAUUCAGAUGCCAGUUCUGUUCCUUCAGAUGUUCACUCGGGUGCUUUGGAAUUAUCAAGCGAGACAAAUUCAGCAUCGAGUGUUUACAGCGAAUACAAUGAAGCCAACAACGAGGUGGAUAGUUUAUUCGAAAGAGAGGCCAAGGGAUCUGAUCUGUCUCCUCUCAGUGUUUAUCAUACUCCGGGCGAGAGGUCUCCAAUCAGUGGAUACCAGACACCCAUCAGUGAUAUUCUGAUCCCUCUGGUCCAUCUAGUUCGUCCUCCGCCUGAGUCAUUACUGGUUCCACUGUUGCAUGUUCUUCCGAUUCCAAUGCAACCAGGGAACUCAAUUCACCAAGCACUCGACUCAGGAGUGGGACAAGGGGGACCAAUGGAACCAGAGGAACCACAAGAACCACAAGCACCGCAAACAUCACAAGUACCACAGGCAUCUCAGGUACAACGGGAGCGACCGGCACCAACGGGACCACUACAAGCACCUCCGUUACCACCUCGAAACGUAUUCCUUAAUAGGGACCAACCUCAGCAUGAACCUCAGCAUCAACAUCAGCAUCAGCAUCAGCAUCAGCAUCAACAUCAACAUCAACAUCAACAUCAACAUCAGCAUCAUCAACACGAGAGUGAACUUCAACAACAGCAUAUGGAGCAACAGACGCAGCAAGAUAUCUCAGAAUUAAAUUAUCAAAUGCAUGCAUUUCCAAAUGUUCCUGGAAUUCUGUCUGAUCUGAUACCCUCGGUUCCUCAGGUGAAUGUUAUUCCCUUGGAGCAUCACGAUGGCCCGUUGCUGGUUCCGCUGCUUCAAGUACUUCCUCUACAGCAACAACAGCAGCAGGACUACCACCACCAGAUGCAAGAUGUACCUAAACAAUUACCUCCGGUUCCGGCUCAACUUUUCCCUUUCCCACCAUUUCAGCACACCGAGCAUUCUCAAUUAGCACACCCUCAGCAUCCACUGCCUCCACUUCCCCCUCUACCUCCAUCACAAGAACAACUUCAACCCCCACAGGUUGCUGUUCCAAUGAGAGUCAAGGCAGAGCAACAAAAAGCUGAGGAAGACCUUCGCGAAGUUCCUGAAGUAAAGAUCGAUCCACCUUCAAAACCAGCAGCCGAUCUACAACAGCUUCCACAGGUUAUUGUUCAAAAGCCUCGAAUUUCUUCUCUUCAAGUGGAAUCUAAACGUCGUGUGCACCAGCAGCCUUUCAAUCUGUCUUCUCAGACACAAAAAGUCGAACAAUCUAAGAGAAAAUCACUACCAACCGUCCCCGGCCGUAGAGUCGUCAGUGAAUACAUGGGUUUAAAGGAGCCAUUUGGUUACUGUCUCGACACGGGCGCAGAUUACCAAGCUUCACGCUUCAUGAUCCCUCAAAAGGAAGCUGUGAGGAGGAGGUUGGGCGAAGAAUAUGCUCCUCUGAACAGACAAUACAGUACAGCAUACACGGAAUACAGAAACAAGAGUCUUCCAGCCUCUCCUAGUCAUGAAGAGAAGAGAUAUUUAACAAAGGAACGAAGACAAGCUUCAAGGGAGAUUCCAAGGGAAAACAAGCCUAGUGCAGAGCCAAUAGGAAAGCCUCGACCUAGGCCGUUGUCAGUGCCAGUUUUCCAGAUCAAGUCAUUUAUCAGUCAUAAGCAAGCUGCACGAGAGAAGGAUGUAAAGCGUCGAUCGGUAAUCUACUAA